AUGGAGCCGAUCACCGUCCCCUUUACGCCGGUGGCGGAGGAGAGUCUAUGGGAAGCUUCGUCGCGGCGUCUCGCGGCGGCAAGUGCUGCCCGCAGAGCGCUCUUGGAGGAGAAGCGCGCGCGUGCCGGAAGCAUCCUCGAGCGCGCCAAAAGCAUUGCAGCCGACGUGGCUGCGCUCCAAGGCCAGUAUGCGACGCUGGCAACGCACGACUUGCAGCAGCGACUGGCGCGCGCCGAGGUGCGCCGGCUCAUCGUGCUCGACAAGCGCCGGCUCCUCGCGGGCCGCCACGGCAACUACGUGCGGUCCGUCUACUUGACGACCAAGUAUCUCGCGCGGGAGGCAGGCGACCGGCGCGCUCUGGCGAAGGACGCGGCGACUGCCCGCCGCCAAAUGCACUUGGACGCGAUCGCAGGACGCACGCGGUACCUCUUGGCGGCACAACCUCAGCGGUCGACGUGCGCGCAUCGGCUCAUGGACGCGCAGUGGCUUCACACGGCACUGGCCUCGGCGUCAGCACAGGAAGCUGCAGCGAGCGUGCGGGCCGCGCUCAUCGGCGCGCGCGUCGACGCGUUGCAAGCCGCGGCCGCGCGCCGCGAGCACGUGGCCCGCCAGCGGUAUCGUGAGACUGAUUUGCGAUGCCGCGUGGUGGCCACGACGCUCGAUGUGCGGCUCCGGGCCGCGUCCGCCCGCCGAUCGGCCUUUCUCGCCGCGCGGACAAGUCGCAUCACCGAGCGCCGCGAGCUUCUGCGCGCUCGCAAGUGGACUGCAGCGCACAACGCACGGCGGUUCGUCGCGUGGGCGCUCAAGGACAAGCUGGCGCAAGCGACCAAGCGCCGCGAGGCCGUGCUCGAGCGCCGCCGCGCCGCCUGUGCCGCACGCAACUGGUAUGCCCGCGUCGUAAGCCACCGCCACGCCGAAGUCGUGGCCGAACGCAUCGCGUGCCUGACAGCGCGCAGCAGCGACAAGCACGCAGCCGCCGCGCAUCGGCGACGGGACCAGCAGCGCAAUAUCUUUUGUCAACUGGUCGGCCUUCGCCACGAACGCGUCGCACACGUGCUCGCCACGCAGACGCAGCACCUCGCGCGCACCGCCGGGCGCAAGAUGACGCUCGCCGCGCUCCGGGUCGCCGAGUUGCAGCACGCGCAAGCCCAAGCGACGCAUGCCCGCUGGCUCCAUACGCAGCGCGUGCGCGAGCGACGAGACCACUUGGCGUUGUUUCGCGCGCAGUGUCUUCGGUCGCGCACGUUCGCUCGGCAUCGGUCGGCCGAGAUUCGCCGGGCGCUGCAACUCGCGGCGAUCUGCGCCGGCGUCGACGAAGCGGCCGCCAAGCGCGACGCCGCGCGCCUCCGCGUGCAGUUUGCCACCGAGUCGCUUCGGGCGCAUCUCGAGUUUCGACUGCUGCGCGCCGACGAGAAGCGGCAUCUGUACUCUGCCAACAAGACUGCGGCCGCCGUCUUCUUUGCCGCGCAAGGCGAGAUUGUGCGCCGGCGGCUCGCGAGCCGUGACGAAGCCCGUCGGCUCACGUAUGCGUACGAGAUGGAGAGCGCGGGGUUGCGCCAAUCGAUCGCUCGGACGCAGCGCGCGCGGUCGCACCUCCUCGCACGCGCACUCGUCGCCGGGCGGCAGAAAUACCUCGCCGAAGCGCGGGCCGAGCGUGGGCUGCUCGCGGCCCUGCGCCAUGCAAACGCGGCCGACCGUCGAGACGAGGUGCGCGAGGCCAAGCAAGAGACCGCGCGGCGCACGACCCAGCGCGUGUCGCUCGCGCGCCUCGAGCGGCAGUCGACGGACAUUGUCGACGUGGCCGUCAAGACGGCGAUGGCGGCGACGAUCGCGCUCCACGCCGAACGCCGCCGCGUGGCGCUGCUGCAAGCACGGACAGACGGCGCGCGGGCGCAGAGUCACCGGGCCCGCGACGUGGCGCGGGUCCAAAAGGUCGCGCGCCGCAUCGAAGCGCUCACGCUCCGCGAGCAGAGCCAGCAGCGCGUCGACGAGAGCGCGAAGCGGCGAGAGAUGCUCCUGGCGCAGCGCAAGCUCGGUCUGAGCGCGAGUCUCCAGCCAGGCCUUCUCGUCGUUGGCACUGCGAUUCCGCUGCCCAACUCGGCAUGAGCGUGCCCUGCCGUGCGAUAUAUACUUGGU